AUGUUCGGAAAUGCAAGUGCUAUGCAAUACCGCGAACAAGUGUGUGAACAUGAUGCAUUGACAGCCUCGUUGAGCUCUCCAUCACGUUGUGGUGAUGAAGCCUGGGCGCGAAAAGGAGGUCGCAAGAAGGCGAAAGGAGCACGGACGCACCGAAUCGACCCUUCGAAGCUCCGAGUCUCGCCCAAUAUUACCAACUUCGAACCCCAGUAUCUUACGGAGAGCUACAACAAAAAGACUUGA